UGGGGAGGAGUCUCACCACUGGGUUCAGCUCAGGACAGACUGAAGGACAAACAAGUAGGAAGACGCAGAAACAGAAAAUUAAAGCGAGGGAUUUGACAGAGAAACAGGAGGAAAACAAAGCCUGCUGAAUAUUGUGUGGAUCAAAAAAAAAACAAUGGCUCUGUCUCCGACUGCCAUGGUGGCCCGUCGGGUGUUUGCCGCUGCAUCGCACGGAAAGGAAGGAGGGGCCAAGACCUGGAAGAUGCUGACGAUCGUGCUGGCCGUCCCCGGUGUUACCGUGUGCAUGAUCAACGCCUACAUGAAGAUGGUGGCGCACUCCCAUGGGCCGCCAGAGUUUGUGGCGUACCCUCACCUGCGUAUCCGCACCAAGAAAUUUCCCUGGGGAGACGGAAACCACUCUCUCUUCCACAACCCACACACCAACCCUCUCCCUGACGGCUACGAGGACUCCCACCACUGAUGGAACGGCUUUCUGAGACGUUCCCCGCCAACAAUGACUGCAAUGUACUUUAAAAAAAACCCCAAUCUGUAAUGUAAACCUGGCUUAAUUAUUCUGACCCAGGGGCCAAGCAGCACCGACGUCACGUGAUGCUGCCAGACAGAAUAAAACCAUACUUUCUCCGGCA